GGAGGUAACGUAAGGUGUGAGCGUGGCUCCUGCGGCCGGGCUCACAGCGGCUUCUGCUAACAUGUCCUUACAGAAGUGCCAGGAGGAAUGGAGCGAGAUUGAGAAAGAAUUCCAGCAGCUACAGGAAACGCAUAAAGUAUACAAACAGAAGCUGGAAGAACUGAACAGCCUUCAGAACCUAUGCAGCAGUUGUAUUAAUAAGCAUAAGAGGCGUCUGACUGAGUUUAAAGGCAACCUUCAUGGAUUAAAACGUACCUCUAAUCUAGAAGAAAAGGAACUCGUACAGCAAAUAGACGGCACAAUUAAAGAGAGGCGCAAUGCGUUUUUUGACAUGGAAGCCUAUUUGCCAAAGAAAAAUGGUUUGUACUUAAACCUGGUGCUUGGAAAUGUGAAUGUCACUCUUCUUAGUACACAAGCAAAAUUUGCCUACAAGGAUGAAUAUGAAAAAUUCAAGCUUUACUUGACCAUUAUAUUGUUACUGGGAGCUAUCACUUGUAGAUUUGUGCUAAAUUACAGGGUUACAGAUGAAGUAUUUAAUUUCUUACUAGUCUGGUACUACUGCACACUGACCAUUAGGGAAAGUAUCCUCAUUAGCAAUGGCUCAAGGAUAAAGGGAUGGUGGGUAUCCCAUCAUUACGUCUCCACCUUUCUUUCGGGGGUGAUGUUAACAUGGCCAGAUGGACUCAUGUAUCAAAUCUUUCGAAAUCAGUUUCUGGCGUUUUCCAUAUUUCAAAGUUGUGUACAGUUUCUUCAAUAUUAUUAUCAGAGCGGCUGUUUAUACAGAUUGCGUGCUUUAGGAGAGAGAAAUCAUUUAGACCUCACUGUUGAGGGAUUCCAAUCAUGGAUGUGGAGAGGCCUCACUUUUCUUCUUCCUUUCCUCUUUUUUGGCCAUUUUUGGCAGCUGUACAAUGCAAUUACUCUCUUCGGGCUGUCAAGACAUGACGCAUGCAAAGAAUGGCAGGUGUUUGUGUUGGCUCUCACAUUUCUCCUGCUCUUCCUGGGAAACUUCCUGACAACGCUAAAAGUGGUUCACACAAAAUUUCAGAAGAAUAAGCUAAAGAAGCCUUGAACCUGGUUUAAACUGGGGGCAGAUUUAUACUGAAUGGAACAUUUGUCCCCCUCCAUCACCCCAUCAUGGACUGCAGCAUGAGGGUGUACUGUAAAGUGCAGGGCCACACUUUGGAACCCUGCCUGGGCUAUUACAAUGGAGUUGGUAUGAUAGAUUGGAAGAUGGAUGUAAAGACGCCGUCCAGUUUCCCUCUGGGAGAGACUUUUGUACUUGCCAUUUUAAGCUGCUUUAUUCUCCCCACAGUGGAAAGGAAACGUCAGGCCUGUGUUUCAGACCACUGUGUUCUGUGGCUGCUGAUGGAAUUUCUGACUCUAGUACUAAUCUCUGUUAAUUGAUUUCUGCCACAUUGCAUUCAGAAUCACACAUGCAAAGAGUGGUAACCUAAAAGAGUAUGUUAUGGUUGGUACAAUGUUUACAUGGGAAUACAAUAACGGCACAGGAUGAGCUCACUUUAUAUGUUAGAAGGGAAUUAAAAAUAAAUGUUUACUACUG